CUGUACUCUUUUUUUUUUUUCCCUCUAAGAAUAUUUGAGAGAAAAUCAAUGAUUUUUUUUCUCUACCGAGCUCUAAAUUGAAAAAACAAAAAAAGUGAGAUAUGAAGGGUCGAUCUUCCAAGCAUGAAACAAAAGAAGGAAUGGAAAUUGAUCAAAUUAGUAAACUCAAAGAAGAGCCUCAUCUGUCUGGUGCUUAUAUCCGUAGUCUUGUUAAACAACUCACCUCUACUAGAACCAAAACCCAACCCAUGAACCUUCCCAAAGAACCUGACGACGGUUUCAAUGGCCAAAACUCGGCCAAAUUCAGUGAUGGUUUUAGUGAAACACCGCCACAAACGACCCACCACAAACCCCAACCUCCUCAGCAGCAUAAGAAGCAAGUGAGGAGGAGACUUCACACUAGCAGGCCUUACCAAGAAAGGUUGCUUAACAUGGCUGAGGCUAGGAGAGAAAUUGUCACUGCACUCAAGUUCCAUAGAGCUUCCAUGAAACAUGCAAAUGAACAACAACAACAACAAACCCAACAACAAGAACAGCAAUUAUCACAUGCCUCUCAUCUUUCAUCACCACCACCUUUUGAACAAGAAUCAAAGACAAAGUCUAGGAGAAAUCCUAGGAUAUACCCAGCAAGCACAAACAACUUGUCUCCUUAUAAUCUAGACAGUUUUUCAUGUUCAUCUUUCUCACAACAUUACCCUCCUCCUCCUCCUCCUACAAAUCCGUAUUCAUGGCCUGCUUCUCUUCAAUCUCCUCUUCCAUCUCCCACAGAUGCUAUCAACUUCACUCUGCCAAACCAACCAUUAGGCCUAAACCUCAACUUUCAUGAUUUCAACACCAUAGACACCAACCUUUACUAUAACACCAACAACCCAUCAAUUUAUUCAUCAUCAUCUCCAACAUCUUCAUCUUCUCCAACUCUAUCCGUUGUAACCGAAGAAGUUCCUUCAGUUGCACUAUCGCAUGAAGUGGGGCGGGCCGCCGAUCUAACUGAGGCCUACGGUGGGGGAGGAGGCCUGCAUCAUGCUAUGGACGAUGAGGAGAUGGCGGAGAUCAGAUCAUUAGGAGAGCAGCAUGAAAUGGAGUGGAAUGACACCAUGAAUUUGGUAACAUCAGCAUGGUGGUUCAAGUUCUUGAAGACUAUGGACCUGGGGGCACCUGAACUGAAAACUGAGGAUGAUGGUGGGUAUCAACCGUUUGAUCAAGUGAUGGAAUUCCCUGCCUGGUUGAAUGCAAAUGAUACUUGCUUGCAACACCAUUUCACUGAUCUUUGUCCUGAUGACUACUUCCGGGAUCCUGCCUUACCUUGCAUGGACAUUGGAGAGAUUGAAGGAAUAGAUGGCGAAUGGCUGGCUUAACAAGGAUUGAUUGUGUUUUAGUUUAAUCAAACCUUUUUUUGGCAUUUUAUCUCCCUUUGUUUUUCUUUUUUAAGUUCUUAUUCUCCCUACUGCUAUUCUAGAAAUCUAAAUAAUAAAGGCUUGCGAGUAUGUGAAAGGUUGGCAUGCAUCGCAGCCGAUUGAGAAAAAUACUAUUACUAUAUAUAUAUAUAUGUAUAAGCAAGAGGAGUUUGUUUUUUUCCUCUACCAAUUUUCCAAUAUCGAACAAUUUUAUAUUUCUUUUCUCAA